AUGCUUACGCUCAUCUCUGUCGCUCUGCUGUUGACUUCCAGCAUCUUGCCCGCGCUUGCCUGGGAUGUCAAACCUUUCAAGAUUAACAUACCUCCCGAUGAAGUUCAUCGCAUGAACUUGUUAGUGUCAAACGCACAAUUCCCAAAGGCACCGAGCUUCACCGGCGGGAACGAGACAUGGGGUGUCGAGCUGGAAACAAUAGAAACGCUCCGCAGCGAAUGGUUGCAUAAUUUCGACUGGUAUGAGCAACAAACUGCCCUCAAUAAAUUCAACCAGUUCACGGUCGAAAUCGAGAACGUUACAGUGCAUUUCGUUCACGAAAAGUCGGCCGAACCGGAUGCCAUCCCGCUGAUCAUGUUCCAUGGAUGGCCUGGCUCCUUUCAUGAAUGGCUGCCCACCGUCAAGCCGUUGACUGACCGCGCAGUGAAUGCGCAAGGAAAUAACAUAUCGUUCAACGUUGUUGUGCCCUCCCUCCCAGGCUUCGGUUUCUCCUCGCUUCCCUCGGCAGAGUGGACGAACGAGGAUAGUGCCCGCAUCUUCAACACGCUCAUGGUGGACGUCCUUGGAUACAAGACUUACACGGCUUUUGGUAGUGAUUGGGGCUCACAAGUCGCGUACAUCCUAUACGCCAACUACGCCUCAACAGUGCGCGCGGCACAAUUCUGUUUCAUUCCGUUCUUGCCCCCUACCACAGCCGACGCUCAGAGUGCCAACAUCAGCCUUUCCGCGUUCGAGAUCACACAGUUAAAGAUCAACGAUGCGUUUGCAGCUCGUGGAAUGGCAUACUUCGACGAACAAGAAUGGAGGCCCAACACGAUCGGCUUGGCGUUGUACGACAGCCCCGUCGGACAGCUCACCUGGAUGUACGAGCUGUGGACGGAGUUUUCGGAUCCGAAACGCGGCACUGGACCUUCGGUCCUCAACGACACGGCGAUCCUGACCUCAAUCUCGCUCUACUACCUCUCCAAGACGUUCCUGUCCUCGUCCUGGAUCUAUUCGCAGAACUUCUUGCCAUCGAACUUUGACGUUCCUCGUCCUGCGACUCCGAUGGGCUUCAGUGCAUUCCCGUACAAUCUCGGAUUUCCGCGGGCAUACAUCGAGAAAGUCGGCAAUUUGACCUUUUUGCACGAACAUGAGCGCGGUGGGCAUUUCCCAGGCCUCGACAAUCCAGCUGCUCUCGUAGCGGAUAUCCAGGAGAUCGGAGGGUACUAUGUUGAAUAG